AUGGUGUUAAGAAAUAGGACUGAUAUUUUGCACAAGUGCCAUUUGACUCCGACAGACUCGGUAGUACCUGCUGCUAAACCCCAGAACCCUCCUACAGUUGUAAUGGCAGAAUCGGUGUCCCCUUCGGCUCCUCCACCCCCACAGGUUCCAGAGAGUACCCCCUUGGUGGGAUUGUAUCCGUUGAUUACUGAGAAUGUGGUAGCCCAUCCAGGAACACAGGAGCGUGCAGCCCAGAUUGUGUCAGUGUUCUCUCAUGUUCCUUUUAACCCAGUGCACCUAGCUGCUUUUAAGGCAGAAGCAGGGGAAUUCUCAACGAAUCCAAGCAAGUUUAUUUCAAUCUUUGAAGGGUGUCUAGCAAGUCAUAAGCCUGACUGGGAUGAUUGCAAUAUACUUAUGAGAACCUUGUUGUCUGAGGUGGAGCGGAAUCAGGUUAUAGCUAAGGCUAGGGAGGAGGCACAGAAAAGGUAUAAUGAGGAUAGGGAAGGAAAGCCUCUGCCUGAGGUCGCUGUCCCCCUAGUGGAUCCCCGGUGGAAUCCAAAUGAGGAGAGGGAUUUGAGGCUGCUUAACUCCUAUAAGGAACUGCUUAUGCAUGGCCUCCGGCAUUCAGCUGUCAGACAUAACAAUUGGGCCAAGCCGUAUGAACUAAUCCAGGACUCAAAAGAAAGUCCAGUGGCUUUCCUGCAGCGUAUUCGGGAUACCAUCAGGCAAACUACUAGUGCAAACCCAGAUGAUCAGGCAACUGAGGCAAUUAUAAAGGGUAUCUUCACCAGCCGUGCGGCCCCGGAUAUUAAAAGGAAACUGCAGAAAAAGGAGGAUUUAAUGGGAAUGUCUAUGGCUCAGAUUUUGGAGACUGCAAAUAGGGCUUAUACCCUUAGAGAGGGAGAGAAGGAAAAGAGGCAAGUGAAAAUGAUGGUAGCAGCGGUGCAGGCCGGCGGCAGAGAAAGGCCACAGAGAGGUGGAAGGGGCCGGGGAGUGAGAGGCCGUGGAUGUGGGCGCCCCGGUCCGCAGGAAAGGCGCCUGGGUCGCAACCAGUGUGCCAUAUGCCUAAAGGAGGGACAUUGGAAAAAUGAAUGCCCUGAAAGGGAAGGGAAAGGAACCAAGUGCUCAGUGUAUGCCCCAGCGGAAUGUGCCUUGGGAAACAGAACUGUAUCACACAAGCUGGUUUACCUCCCUGAUUGUCCAACACCACUACUAGGACGGGACCUGCUUUGUCGCUUAGGUGCCACCCUGCAUUUCACUCAAGAUGAUAUAACCCUCACCUUACCCCCUGAGAAUGCUUGGAUAAUGACCCUUGCAGUUGAACCCCCUCAGCUACAAGCCCCAGAGUGGAGUGAGUGGGAGGACCAGGUGUAUUCCCUUGUCUGGGCAUCAGGGAUCCCAGGGAAAGCAACCCGUCAAACCCCUGUUCAUAUUCAGCUCCUCCCAGGAAAAAGCCCAGUGCGAAUCAAACAGUAUCCAAUUAAGAGGGAAGCCAGAGAGGGACUGCAAGAGACUAUAGAUCGGUUCCUAGAGUACGGUGUACUACGAGAAUGCCAGUCAGCUUGGAACACCCCCAUUCUGCCCAUACAAAAGCCCAAUGGCACGUAUCGGCUGGUACAGGACCUCAGGGCAAUCAAUGAACGGGUUAAGACUCUGCACCCCCUGGUUCCAAACCCGUAUACACUGCUGGCCUCUAUAGGGGGGCAGUAUACCCAUUUCUCAGUCCUAGAUUUAAAAGAUGCUUUUUUCACAAUUCCAGUCGACACCCAGUCUCAGGAGAUAUUCUCCUUCGAGUGGGAGGACAACAGAAGGGUUAAAAAGCAGCUUUGCUGGACAGUAUUGACCCAGGGAUUUAAAAAUUCCCCCACUCUGUUCGGCCAGGCUCUGGCCAGAGACUUGGAGGAGUGGGACAAUGAGGACAAAGCCCUCUUUCUGCAAUAUGUAGAUGAUUUGCUAGUUGCUGCUGUGGGUCUAAUCCCUUGUCUUAAAGCUACUGUGAGUCUCCUGAACUUUUUUGGACUCCGAGGAUACAGGGUAGCUUGAAGCAAAGCUCAAAUUGCACUCCCUGAAGUGCAAUAUCUGGGAUUUCACAUCAGGCAGGGGGAGAGACAACUCUCAAAUGAUAGAAAGGAGGCUAUCUGCCAAGUUCCUAUCCCUAGCAACCGUAAACGGCUUAGAGCAUUUUGGGGCAUGGCAGGUUUUUGCAGAAUAUGGAUCCCAGAGUUUGGACUGUGGGCUAAACCUCUGUAUGAAUGUGUUAAGGGAGCGGAUCAUGACCCCUUUCACUGGUCCCCAGAAGCGGACAGGGCAUUUAAAAUCUUGAAAAGGAAGCUGAUGGAAGCACCAGCCCUGGGUCUGCCAGAUCUCUCUAAGCCAUUCCAACUGUAUGUGCAUGAAAGGAAAGGGAUAGCCCUGGGAGUGCUUACUCAGUUACUAGGUGCCUGGAAACGUCCCGUGGCAUAUUUCUCUAAGCAACUGGAUCAAGUUUCAAAGGGUUGGCCAGCAUGUUUGAGGGCGGUCGCAGCCACUGCCCUAGUGCUUGGGGAAGCUGAAAAACUGACUGGGAGGAACUGUGCAAAUGCCCACUACUCUAGCCGCCCAGAUUUAAAAGAUCAACCACUCCCAAAUGCUGACUUGGAAUGGUAUACUGAUGGCAGUAGUAAUGUUGUAGAUGGGCAAAGGAGGGCUGGUUAUGCUGUUGUGUCUCUCCAUGAUACCGUGGAAGCUAAAAGUUUACCUGCUGGGACAUCUGCCCAACUUGCUGAACUAGUGGCCCUGACUCGUGCACUCGAGCUGGCAAAAGACAAACGGGUUAAUAUCUUUACUGAUUCAAAGUAUGCUUUUGGGGUAUUGCAUGCUCACGCUGGUUUGUGGAAGCAAAGGGGAAUGCUAACAGCCCAAAGUUCUCCGGUUAAGCAUGGGUCUCAAAUUCUCCGGCUGUUAGAAGCAGUACAACUCCCCUCAGCAGUAGCAGUAGUACAUUGCAAAGCCCAUCAAAGGGAAGAUCAAGAUGUAACCAAGGGCAAUGCCAGAGCAGACAGGGAAGCCAAGCGCAUGGCCAAAUAUGGUUUUACUAUCAGCACUUGGAGACUGCACGCCAUCAUUGCUGCCACUGCCAGUGACUUGGGGGGGCAAGGUGCAAGAAGAGAAAAGCUGAAGAAGCACAAUGACCCUGGUGCUCCAUCUGAAACUACAAGCGUUGAGAAGGAACUGAAAUGGUGGUGGUCCAGCAGCCUCAUAUUCGCGGAUGACAUCUUACUAAUUGCCGAAAGCACCAACCAACUGCAGAGCAUGCUACGAAGACUCAACAAGAAAAGCAGUCAGUUUGGUCUGAAAAUGAACCGUUGCAAAACGAAAUACAUGCGAUCAGACGUCUUAAGAAAAGCCCGAAUAACGGUAACAGGAGAAGAAAUUGAAGAAGUGGAAUAG